GCUCUCCGCAGCUGUCAGAGGAGCUGUGAGUGCGAGUUUUGGUUUGCGAUCGUGCGUUUCAAGGAUCUUGAAUUGCGUGUGUUUGCUGCAGUUGCACUUGAAACUUCGUUUACAUUCUUCAGCGUGUAGGAGAUGCCGACCUGCUGCGUGCAACGCUGCAGAUCGCGCUCUCUUCGCAAAGAGCCUGGAGUUUCAUUCCAUUCGUUUCCAAAAAACCCACAGCUAAGAGCAAAAUGGAUCGAGGCCUUGGGGAAAGACGUGAACUGGGUGCCGCCAGAGUGGAGCCGAGUUUGCUCGAAGCACUUUCACCCAGACGACUUCGUCCAAACGCAGUCUCUCGUCCGACUUCGUCCAUGUGCAGUUCCCAAAUUUUUCCCACAACAUGAGCAUGCUGGAACCACAAGUGGGGCUGAAGCUACAGUGGAAGGCACAAUGGACAUCCCUACUGAAGACAGCACCCUGUCACACAUUUCACAAGUGCUCCCUGUAGAAGAGGUUGCUUCUACAUCAUUCGCAGCACCACUGCAAACACAGGGGCGAGCCAUAGAGACUAGCUUUGAGCUGCUGUGGGACCCUCUCACCACUAUGGAAAUGGAAGUGGAUAGUUGCAGUCCUUCCACAGAACACCUCCCUCUUGAGCUGGUGUCCCAAAUGAGCCAGGUAGUGGCUCCACCAUCACUGAUGAACCUCGUGACACAAAAGGGCACGUCACCAAUUCCCUGUGACUCUCUGGUUGACAUGCAGGCGGAGAGUUCUAGUUCUGUGAUGGGAGGUGCACCCUCUGUGGAGCAAGUUCAACAGGAAUCCCCCGUGCUAUCACAAGAAUACAUGGAGGAAAAGGAACAGCAUGUUUCUGAACUCCUGUGGGACCCUCUUGUCAGCGUGGACACUGAGGAAGCUGAAGGACCACGAGAGGGCACAAGUGGAUCUGCACUCGAGGAAGACUCAUCCCCUGGUUCUGGAAACCAUGCAAGUCAGGUUGAAGAGGAAAGAUUUACUUCCCUCCCUGGCCCUUCUACAAGUGCGCAAAAGUUAUGGGCAAAAUCCACAGCUGAUACUCCAGAGAAAGCCUUCUUAAGAGAACGGGUCAAGUGUUAUACGUCCCUACAUACCAAAAGCAGCAAACAGAUAAAGAGACUUCAACAGGCAAAUCGACGUUUAAAGAAAAGAAAUGCGGGGCUGAAAGGUGUGAUUAAGGAUUUAACAAGACAGAAGAUCCUGCUUGAGGAGAAUGUUGCAGUUUUGGAGAGCCUUGGUGCUACAAAUCAAGAAUUAUUGAAAAGACAGGUUGCAAAACGCACAGGAAAUCCCCUCCCCACACAGUACUCACCUCAGCUGCGAGCAUUUGCAUUGACUUUACAUUUUUAUUCACCUCGGGCCUAUAACUAUGUACGGAGUGUAUUCGACACCUGCCUGGUUCUCAAAAGAAGCUCUGAAUGCAUUGAAAAUGAAAGCAACAGAGAAUAG